UAUCGUUUCUAUUUGUAAGAUUUACUUCCGGUUUCCAAGAAAGCAUUUGUGGGCAUGCUGUUUGGAGUGCAAUCUUAGCAACAAACUAAUUUCUUUUUACGUUUAAAAAAUAAAUAUUGAAAACUUAAAUCUUAUUGAACGUAUAUUGUAUAAGAAGCAAUAAAAAUGGAAAACGGUCAAGAGGAGAACAAAGCUGAAACUGUAAUAAGUGAUGCUGUUGAUAACGAGGUUAAGAAUGAAAAGCCGGUUUCUGACGAAAAUGCUAUCAAACAAACAUCUGAUGAACCAUCUAGUGAACUUUUGGAAAAAAUAAAAAAUCAAAUCGAGUUUUAUUUUGGAGAUGUGAAUAUGCAAAGAGAUAAAUUUCUCAUUGAACAAACAAAAUUGGAUGAUGGUUGGGUUCCUAUGACUGUUAUGCUAAACUUUAAAAUGUUAGCCUCUAUGAGUCAAGAGCCUGAUGUUAUAUUAAAAGCUAUAGAAUUAAGCAAACUUAUGGAAAUAUCUGAAGACAAGAAAAAAAUUCGUCGUUCUCCAAAAUGUCCUUUGCCAAUAUAUAACGAGGAAUAUAGAAAAGCACAAGAAGCUAGGACUGCUUAUGUAAAAGGAUUUCCUUUACAAGAUACCAAUAUUGAAAAACUUAAAACAUUUUUCAGUGCUUAUGAACCAUUUGAAAAUAUUGUUAUGAGAAAAUAUCAAGAUAAGGGAAAGAAGUUACAAUUCAAGGGUUCCAUUUUUGUACAAUUCAAAACUCUAGAAGAUGCAAAAGCUUUUAUGGCUAGAGAAUCUAUAAAAUAUGGAGACACUGAAUUGAUUAGAAAGUGGUCAGCUGACUAUAGUGCAGAAAAAGCUAAAGAAACAGAAGAUAGAAGACAAAAACGAUCAGAAAUGAAGGCAAAGAAAAGUGAAUCUAUGAAAGAUAAGGAAGAUGAUGAAAGUGGUGAAGAGGAUGAAAAUGAAAAGGAUAUUUCAUUACCAAAAGGUUGUGUGAUUCACUUUAUUGAUGUACCUGAAAAAUGUACAAGAGAGGAUAUUAAAGAACGUUUAGGUGAACUAGAUGCAAAUAUUGCAUUUGUUGAUUUUAAAAUAGGUGAUAAGGAAGGAUGGGUUCGUUUGCAGGAAGAAAAUACUGCAAAGACUAUAAUUGAUAAAAUGACGGAUAAUCAAAUAUUGAUUCAAGAUAAAACAGUUACUUGUCGCGUUCUUGAAGGGGAAGAAGAAGAGAAAUAUCUCACAAAAGCAAAAACACAAAUAGUAAAUACAAGGCAAAAAUAUAAUAAAGGAAAGAAAGGCAAGAAAGGUCGUAAUACGCGAGGUCAAAGAAAAAGGCGUAACAGUGACAACAAUGAUCUGGUUCCUAAUAAAAAGGCUGCUAUCGAGUAAUUAAAAAAUGAUAUUUAAUUUGAAAAAACUAAAAAUGUUCUAUACACAUGUAUAUUAAUCAUAUUUUUAUUAUACGGACACUUAUGUGUAAAAUAUGAAAAGAUAGGAAGCUACUUACCUUAAGCGCAUAUUUUUUGUUAUGCUUAAUAACAGUGUGUAUUAUUUAUAUAAGGAUAAAAGUACAACGCUGUUUAUAUUUGUAAAUUGUACAUUAUUUCAUUAGUCCCAUGCAUAACUUAACACGUUCGAUUAUAGGAUAAGAUUAAUUAUAAAAUUAAUUAUAUAAUUCCAUUGGAAAUGAAAAUGUAUUUAGAAAUCAGCAUUUUAUUGUUUUACAGUGAAAUUUACAAAGUGUUUUUUUAUUACUAAUUUGCUACUUAAAUUUCACUGUUAUGUGCUUGAUAACCCGUUCACACAACCGUUAACGGAAUAGUCAUAAUGUGCUGACGAUUCGUACCAUUUCCAAAAUUUGACGAAUAUUCUUUCUUUUUAUUUUUUUAUUGGGAAAUUAUGUAUUGAAAAUGAUCGAAAUCGAUAGUACAGUUACGCAACACCGUGCAUAGUAUGAUUGCUAUCUAAAGUACAAUGUUAUGUCCUUAUUCAUACCAAUACGCUUUCAUUACUUCAUGUGCCUCAAAAAAUGCAUACACUCGAUUAAAUAAAUUCGACUAUAUUAA